AUGGAAACUCUACCAAAGGAACUUAAGAAGGUAAUGUAAUUAACUUAAGAUUCUCUUAAGUCGUUUGAAUAUAUUAUCAUGGUUAUGGACGAGAGAAUCAAAGUAGAAGAAUUAUACUUAAGUGGAAUGAAUAAAAUCUAAGCCUAGUUUAAUUAUAUUAAAGAAAAUGAUCCACUUGCAUUCGAAUCCUCUGCCUUGAGAGUAGAUGUAUUGUAAAGAGCUAACCAUAAUUAGUAUUUAGUUGAAUAAAUGAAAUCAGAAUAAGAAGAAAUGAAAUUACUUCUCAAAAAAAAUUAAGAAAAAGUUAAAGAAGUUGAAACUAGUUUUAGGGAAUCAGAGAAAACAUUUAAGCAAAAAGUUUACGAUCUCGAAAAGUAAAAAGAAAAAUUGACUUAAGUAAAUAAAGAACUUGAAGAAUUGACACUUUUCUUAUAGUUGAUUGAGUCCGAUGUAGCAAAAUCUAAUCCUAAAUGGAAAGAUAGAAAGCUAACAGUAGUAAACAAGUUAAAAAUUACUCAAAAGUAAAAAGAAGAACUUGAUGGCAUAUAUAGAUAAGAUUUAAAAGAGAUGGAUACAUAUAUUGGAGAGUAUAAUAAUCAACUAAGUGGAUAGUAUGAAGAAUUAGUUAAUAAUUCAAACAACUUGAGAAAUUCUAUUCACGACCUUGCUCGUAAAUAGCUUGUCUAUGAAGUAAAUUAGAUUAGAAAUAUUUAAUACGAUCUGGAUAAUGUCAUCAAGUAAGUCGAUUCUAGACCUAAUUUCUCUUAUGAGUCUGAAGAGGUUUCUAAAAAGCUCAACCCUCACAAGGCUUUAAACUUCUAGUCAUUUUUCUCUCCAUACUCUACAGAUGUCUAAAAGAAAAUACAAGAAUAACCAGUUGAUCUUGACUAAUCUUUGAUUAUUUCACCUAAUACAUAACUUCCAGGAUUAGACAGUAAUUUUGACUGUAUUACAAAAGAAGACAGAACUUAAAUAUAAAGCUACUUCUAAAAGGGUCUUAUUGAUAAUCUUAACUAGCUUAGUUUAGUAAAAGAUAAAAAACUUAAAGAUUCUUGUCACUAUCUCAUGAAUAGCGUUAUUUAAACAAAGGGAGAUAGCAUUGAUAUUGAUGUUCUCAACUUAGAUAUCUCUGUCAUUCUUAGUGAAAUCCAAUCUCGUACUACGAAGAAUCGCUAACUGUAAUAAGAAAAACUUAAUUAAUCUCAGAAAUAAGAGGAAGGCAGAAAGUCUUAAUCAGAUAAUUAAAGUGAGGCUUAGGAUGUUAAGGAAGAUAGCAUACUCAAAUAAAUUAGCACUGAAUAACAAGCUGUAGAAAACGAACCUAGUAAAAAAUUAGAAGAUAUUGAAGAGGGGAAAAAGUAGACAAAUGAAAUAAAUUCUUAAUAAGAAGAAAAGUUAGAUAAUGUUUCAUAGUAGAAAGAAGUUCAAGAAGAAGCAAACUUAAAUUAGUAAAAAGAAAGUGAAUCACAAGAAAUAGAAGGUUAAAAUAAAAUUACUUCUUCCUCUGAAAAUAAUGAGCCUAAUAAUGAAGAAAAAGAAAACUCUUUAUAAAACAAGGAUAGCAUUUAAACUGAAAAUGUAGAAAAGUAAAAGGAAGAAGAAAAAACUACAGAAAAAGCUGAAACUAUUCCAUAAAUUCAAAACGAAAAUGUAGAAAACAGUGAAUAAGCAAAAUAAAAUUCAGAAGAAGCUGCAACUGAAGAAAAAAAUGAAGAAAAGGCUAAAAGCAAUGAAGGUAUUGUGUUAGAGGAUAAAUAAGAUAAAAAAUCAAUUGAUGAAAACAAAAAUUCUGAAGUUAAUUGUGAAAAAUAAACAGAAAAGGUAAAGGAAGAACAAGAAAUUAUUACUGAUAUCCCUCCUGUUUUCUAUGAUUAUAGCGAUCCAUAGAAUUAAGCUAUAUUCUUAAUAUUUUUAGAAUGUUUUAGAUAGUCUGGAAAGAGUUAAAUAACUCCUUAAUAAAAUAAUUAAUUAGUAAUUGAGUGCUUCAGGUACUUAGAUGAUUUGUCAGUUAAAAAAGAUAUUUUAUAAUUGAUAAAAUUCAUGCCUCUCUCUUUUGCUAUUUAUCGUUUAACAGCAGCUGAAAAAGUAUUUAUAUAAGAAAAAGUAAAACAUCAUUUUAUUUGGACUUAAAAUGAUGCUUGGGAAGCUCUUAUAUUCCGUUCUAUUAAAGAUGAGCUUAAUAAGCUAGAUCCAUCUCUUGCUGAAGAUGAAACUAUGUAUCGUAAUACAGUUUAUUCUAAUUUAGCAACAAUAGGAUUAAAUAUGCUUAAAUUCCGUUCAACCAAGUAAAGUACAAAGAAUAUGAUUGGCAAAUUGGCUUUGUAUUACGGUAUUCCUGAUUCUUAAAUAUAAGAUCUCAUGACUUUUAUUGAAAAUGAAGGCUAGAAUGAAAAAAGUUUAUCUUUUGUUAAGACUUCUAAUUAUUCAUCUAUUUAGGCUAAGCCCAAUAUUGCUAAGGGCAGAAUUAUUACAUUUGGCUAAGCAUAAAUUUAAUAGUAAUAACCAGCCACAACGGUGAAUAGCUCUAAUUCAAAUCCUACUCAUGGAAAUACUUUACAUGAAACAAAAGUAAAUCCUUUAUUGUAAAAGCACACUGUACCUGCAGCAGUCCAAAAUCCUUUGUUAUCAAAUACAACAAACAGUAAUGCAGCUAAUACUAAUUAACAGAGGUUCUAAAGUGCAUAUACUCCAAGUACUUAAAAUAAACCAAGUUAAUAGUUAAAUUAAACUUUUGGUGGUUAACCAAAUCCUAUGCUCCAACAAUAGUAGCCAACAAAGCACUAAUCUGAUUUCAAACCAUCUAAUUUGUUUAAAUAAGAAAUGAAUGUCAUUUCCAACAAUUCAAACUAAGAACCUCUUAAACCUGCAUAAACAGCCUAAACUGCUUAAAUUUAGUAAACUGUUUAAACCAAUCCAAAUUAAAUGACAUAAGCAGCUACUUAGAAUUAAUAAACAGCAUAAAGUCCUGCCCAACCUAUCCCCUAAUUUGCAAAUCAAUAAGUUCCAAUUUAAGCUUAAUAGUAAAAACCUAACUAUGCUUUACCUUAAAACAAAGUAAAUUCUAAACUCUUUGGCUCAAAUCAAAACUAUGCUUUAAACAACAACAAGAAUUUGUGA